AUGAUGGAAAAUCAACAUAAUGCUAAAAAUGUGAUGUUUAAUGCUUAAGUUGUUUUGAACAAUCUUAUUCAUGCUUAUCAUGUCCCAUAACAAGAAAAAUAGAAACAAACUGUAAAUGCUAGGAAGGGUAUUAUGAUAUUGGCAUAUAACUUUGUUCUAAAUGUAAUUCUAAUUGCCUUACAUGCUAAAUUACAUCACAGAAUUGCACAUCUUGUAAUUCUGACUAAUUUAGAGAACUUAACUUAAUAUACUUUAGUUGUGAUUGUUUGUAAGGUUAUAUUGAAGUUAAUGGAAUUUGUGAAUAAUGCUAUUCAAGUUGUAAAACUUGUUCUUAAUUUACAACUAAUUGUACUUCUUGCAUUUAAUAUCGACACUUGA